CUUGUUCUUCUUUCCCCCAUAUUCUUUCCUCACCAAACCCUCAAAUUUCAUAUCUAAUCAAACACAACCCACAUUUGAUUGCUUCCCAAAUCGCCUUAAUUCAUAAAAUUAUCCCAAAUUCCAAACACUCAUUUCUCUAAUUCGCAUUUCGGAAUCGAAUCUGAGGUUUCCUUUUCGCCAUAAUUCAAAUGAGCAAAUCCUCGUGAAAUUUCCCCAAUUUGUUGGUUUAAUUUCGUGAUUCGUUGUUUGAGAGAAGGAUUCAUGGAAGUGGAACAAUCGAAUCAAGCAAUGGCCUUCCAUGGGGCGUCAAUGGAGCAAAGCAUUGGGUUCGUUAAAGCCCUUCAGGAACUCAAACAUCUACGGCCUCAACUAUAUUCGGCGGCGGAAUAUUGUGAAAAAUCUUAUCUUCAUAGUGAACAAAAACAAGUGGUCCUUGAUAACUUGAAAGAUUAUGCCGUACGAGCCCUUGUAAAUGCCGUUGACCAUCUUGGCACAGUUGCUUACAAAUUUACCGACCUUUUAGACCAACAAGCGUUAGAAAUUUCAACAACCGGUUUACACGUGACAUGUUUGCAUCAACAACUUCUUACAUGCCAAACGUAUACGGAUAGAGAAGCUCUAAGGCAACAACAAUUGCUAGCGGUUGUACCACGGCAUCACAAGCAUUACAGUUUGCCGAAUUCCGUCAGCAAAAAGGUCCAUUUUAGUCCACAGAUUCAAACCGCUGCAAAGCAGAGUCAUUUUCAAUCACGGCCUCGACAAUAUACUUCAGGCACCCCGGCUGCAAAUACUCUUUGUUGGCAUCUAGCAUCGGAAACCAAGUCGACCCUGAAAGGGAAUUCACGCCCAAUGAGCGUUGAUGAUCCCAAAACUUCUGGCCGCGCUCCUGUGUCGUUUAAUGCAUCAAAUGGUGAUAACGGGAUGCGGACAAAAUCAGCCGAAGCUCAUCUUCAGCUGCGUAACAUGGGCCCCGCUUCAAGCGCUGCUAUCCGGACACUUGGAAUCUCACGACAGGAUUCCGCAGAGGGUCCGAAGCCGAUGAUGCCGUUCCGCUCGUUUGAUAAUCCUAAACAUGAGAUUACCCACGUCCCUCUUCGCAGCAAAAGUGUGUUAUCGGCUUUUUUUGUCAAACAAAAGACACCGAAACUAAGGACAAGCGCGGUCUCAUGAAUCCUUCAUCAUCCCGACAACAUUAAAAGACGAUCCCUAGGGAACAAUCCUCGAGUCCUAAACCCUGAACCCUAAAUCUACACGAUCUCUUGGUCCAGUGCCAUCGUUGAAGACCUCGUUUUAUGUGCCCACAAGACUACGAAUAAUGAGAAGUGUAUACUUUGUGUUUGUGAAACUUUUGUAUGUAACAUGAGUCCUCAUUCACCAUUUAAUAAAAUUGUACGAAUAUUUUUAUUUUCUUAAAGAGAAAAUUAUGUUUUUC